AUGCCGGAGCCCGGGCCGGACGCCCCCGGCGCCGCGGGCGCGCAGCCGCCGCCGCCGCCGCCCGCGCCCAAGGAGUCCCCGUUCUCCAUCAAGAACCUGCUCAACGGGGACCACCCCCGCGUGCCCCCCAAGCCGCAGCCGCCCCCGCGGACGCUCUUCGCUCCGGCCUCGGUCGCCGCCGCCGCCGCCGCCGCCGCCAAGGGGGCCCUGGAGGGCGCGGCGGGCUUCGCGCUCUCGCAGGUGGGCGAGCUGGCCUUCCCCCGCCUGGAGAUCCCAGCGCAGCGGUUCGCCCUGCCCGCGCACUACCUGGAGCGCCCCCCGGCCUGGUGGUAUCCCUACACCCUGGCCCCCGCCGGCGGCCCCCUCCCGCGGCCUGAAGCGUCGGAGAAGGCGCUCCUGCGGGACUCCUCGCCCGCCUCGGGCACGGACCGCGACUCCCCGGAGCCGCUGCUCAAGGCCGACGCCGACCCCAAGGAGCUGGACUCGCGCAGCCCGGACGAGAUCGUCCUGGAGGAGAGCGACUCGGAGGAGGGCAGGAAGGAGGGCGCGGCGGCGGCCGGGGCGGCCGGGGCCAGCGCGGCGGAGGCGGCCGGGGCGCCCCCGGGCCCGGAGGACUGGAAGAAGGGCGCGGAGAGCCCCGACAAGAAGCCGGCCUGCCGCAAGAAGAAGACGCGCACGGUCUUCUCGCGCAGCCAGGUCUUCCAGCUCGAGUCCACCUUCGACCUGAAGCGCUACCUGAGCAGCUCGGAGCGCGCCGGCCUGGCCGCCUCCCUGCACCUCACCGAGACGCAGGUGAAGAUCUGGUUCCAGAACCGCCGCAACAAGUGGAAGCGGCAGCUGGCGGCCGAGCUGGAGGCCGCCAACCUGAGCCACGCGGCCGCGCAGCGCAUCGUGCGGGUGCCCAUCCUCUACCACGAGAACUCGGCGGCCGAGGGCGCGGCGGCCGCGGCCGCGGGGGCGCCGGUGCCGGCCAGCCAGCCGCUGCUCACCUUCCCGCACCCCGUCUACUACUCGCACCCGGUGGUCUCCUCCGUGCCGCUGCUCCGGCCCGUCUGA